GCCCGGAAAAAGAGAAAAGUGAAAGGGAGGCAGACGUGCUAUAACUACACAGUUCCCGUGAAAGUUGGAACAACUGUUGCAGGGAGUCUGGCUGAUGGUACUGGAAGCAAGUUUACAAAAUGGGCAUGUUCAUUAAAAUCUUGAUUGCGAGCAUUUGUGUGGCUUACUUAGCUGUCAAGUGGACUGGGCCAACAUUUGAUCCAGAGUCUCUCAAAGGUGCCCGGGUGUUGGUCACAGGGGCCAGUUCUGGUAUUGGUGAACAAAUGGCAUAUCAUUAUGCCCGCUUUGGAGCCCAGAUUGUUAUCACAGCGAGAAGGGAGAAGGUUUUGCAGCAGGUUACGGAGAAGUGUCUGAGUCUGGGAGCCCAGAAAGCUCUUUAUGUACCAGCAGACAUGUCGAAUGAGUCUGACCCGGAAAAAGUGGUGGAUUUUGCUCUGGAGAAACUGGGAGGCCUGGACUACCUGGUUCUCAACCACAUCGGCGCAACUCGCUUUGCCAUGUGGGAUGGAGACGUGGACCACGUCAAGUGGCUCAUGAAGCCCAAUUUCUUUAGCUACAUACAGAUGGCCUGGAGAGCCUUGCCCUCACUGGAGCAAAGUAAAGGGUCUAUGAUAAUAGUGUCAUCAAUGGCAGGGAAAUUGAGCAAUCCCUUUACGGCGCCGUACACUGCAACAAAAUCUGCCUUGAACGGAUUCUUUGGGUCCCUCAGCCAUGAACUCGCCAUGAAGGAAAGCAACGUGUCCGUCUCUAUUUGCUCGCUGGGACUUAUUGAUACUGACACAGCGAUGAAUGCAGUCAGGGGAAUCAUUACGACACCUGCCUACCCUGCGUCAGAAGCUGCGCUGAAUAUCAUCAUAACAGGAGCGACGAGGCAGCUGGAGCUUUACUACCCCUGGUACACAUAUGUCAUGACCCUCACCAAAGACUGGUUUCCCUCUCUAACAAACCAUCUCAUCCGGAACGCCAUGAACUACAAUCCAUAGAAAGCAUGUUGAGAGUGAUUUAUUUUUUCAUUGUUGUAAGUUUAUGAUGCACGGUUGCCCCACAUCAAAAAUAACUCUGAUCAUAUUUGUUUCUGAAAUCCACUUAAAUGUCUCUAAAAUUUAUGUUUCAAAGGCAAAUGCACCUCUUUUUGUGUCAAAACCCUGUUUUCAGACUGUUUAUCAGCUUAAAAUCACAUGCGGCUAUGGCUGCAGACUUUUUAAAAGCAGUCUUGUUGCGUCUUUGCACAUUGUUUCAACGUUAUGAUAGGUAAGAAAAAUACAGUUUGGUUUGUAACAAAAGAAAAAAAUUAUAUAAGCAAAACAGGAAAUGGAGUUUUGGAGAUACAGUAUAUGUGAGUUUCUGUGUAAUGUAUAGAUGGGAACCCCUUAGGCUCACAUGGCAAGAAACUCAGAUGAUAUACGGCAACAAAGGAAACUAAAUUAACAUCAGCUUUGGUUUUGAUGCAUAAAUCCAUUUUAUUAAGUAUUACCAUGUCAGAAUAACAGCGUUUAAACUAUUGUUUGGCUGCCUCACAUGACUUUGACAGCUCAUACACACGUUUAGAAAAUAAAUGUGUGUGUGUCAUGACCCUCACACACACACACACACACACACACACACACACACACACGCCACUGUGCGUUGUUGUUUUUUAUUCAUUUACUCAAACCCUGAAACGUCACCAAAAAUGGCUAAAUCUUAAAAGCAGGAAACAAAUUUAGAAAUCCAUGACAGUAAAUAGCACUUUGGCAAAUGAAGGCAAUUUCGAUUAGUUUUCUUCAUCUGUCCUAAAGCUUUCACUGCUUUUAGAGAAAGCAGUGCCUUUGAAUUCACCCUGUUCUAAAGGUCACCUACGUCAGUGCUCAAAAAUUAUCAAGACGAUUGCCAGAUCAUUUUCCGUUGGUCCUUCAUAUCACUAUACAUACAUAUAUGUAAAACUCAAAAUUCUUUCAUAGCGGAAAGCCCUACUUUUAUAAGUUUUUAAAUGUUUUUUUAUUAUAUAAAACGAUCAUUCAGGGUGGUCUAUUUCAUGUAAAGCAAUCAGAUUUUCAUUUGUUGUGUAGAUAUCAUGUAGAUCUUAAUUUGAGUGUUUUUUACGCAAUGCUCCCAAACACUAAUUUAAUCAAGUCUGAUGAAAAUGCUUUUGGCCGGAUGCAUGUGUUCCUUGUACGUCCACAUGAGGGCAGUAGUGCCUAAGUCGUGAAGCAGCAACAAUGAACCUCAGCAGCUAGUUUCCAGGUACAACACCAUCAUGCAUUUCAGGGGGUGAGGUAAACAACUAAUUUAUAGUUUGACAAUAUCAAACAAUCAAUGUUUAAUGUUCUACGUUUUUCUUUUUACAAUCCGAACGACUAGACCAGCCAGUAUUCUGUUUUCUGCGCGUCACAUCCGUUAUUUCCAUUCUUCUCUGUGUUCUUUAGUGGUGUCCUCUCAAACUUAGCCAUACUAACAGCUUCAGACUCCUCACAGAGCGGGACCUUCUCUCUGGGUUCCUUUGUGCCUUUGUUCGCCAACCCCAAAGGCACCACAGGCUCCCUGUGAAGCUCAAUCCAUCCCGGUGGUCUACCCCUUUUGUAGCGCACUCUAAAAGCUGCUCCCCACUGUUAAAGCAGUUUUCUACUGUUUGUCAAGACUGAGCUGUCCUUGUCAUAAAAAAAAAAAAAAAAACUAGUGCAGUUGAAAAGGCAUUUUCCCUUGAACACAUAUAGAUGAGAUUCUAGAGGAAAUGAAGUGAGUUGCUCCUCUCAGUUUCCUGACUUCUGACUGAUACAACGAUGGAGGGAAGUAAUUGAAACACAUGUCCUCUUUGUCCUUAUCUCGACACUUAAGAUAAUUGUAAGAAUGAUAGAAACCCCGCCAUAGGCACCGCAGAAAGGAAGAAAGUCCUCCUUCUGUUCUGCCUCCUUCUUCGCCAUCCAUUGUUAAACAUGCGCAAAAUGCCUGGGCCUCCUGGAGAGGACAGCAGGCAUGGCCUGGGAGCACAGCCAGAAACACCUGCAACAGAUUAGAGCUACUAAUGCUUGGUAAUAAAUCCUCUCACCCUUCUAGAGCAUCUCUUUCUAACCCCUCCAACACUCACUGGAACUAUGCAAACUGUGACACAUCAAUGCAGUACAUUGCGAGUACUUUAUGGAGGUUUUCCCCUGGAUGUGGCCUUUUGGUCAAGAUCAGACCGUUUAGCAGUGACUGCGUACAGCCAAAGACAGGAGCAAAGCGAAGAUGGCUGACUUCCUGUGAAACUUGACAGAGGAUAGACAGAUCUUCCCUUUCUGAGUUCAAGAAGACCAUAUUUCCAAGCUCCACGACAUCAUUUAGGGAAGACUUUGAAAUGUCCAGUGGCAAUCAACUUAAAUCCAGCUAAAAUAGUUUGUAUUCCUGUAUUAGGGUCGUGGUGAUGCUGCAUGCCCCUUGACUAUCGACAGUCUUUACACACAAUUCUGUUGUUUUCCCUACUACUUUGAGCACAAAUGGCAUUUCUCCACAAAUCCCCGUCUAACUUUAAUCCGUGGUGUACUGUGGACUCUGCUGAAAGAGCACACUUAUACCAUAUAGUGUAUGUUUACCGGCUGGAAUGCAUGAUUUGUGGUUGCUAAUCGUAGCCUUCCAGUGAUCAGUUGUUAGAAAAGGGAGUCAGGGAAAUCAUUUAAUCAAAUGGAGUGCACCUUUAAAUUUGAUCUGUUUUGAUUUUGUGCAGAUUUUCUCCUGUUGCUUCAUAAAUUGCCUUAUUUGAUCUCCAAAAACACAUGCAAACAAUCCAAACUAUGACACAAUGACAAGUUGAUGCAGUUGAUCGAACAGGACUCAAGCACCACUUGAACAAAGAUUGAUUGUGUUUGAAGCUGGGUUAGGUCCCAGGUUCAGUUUGGAUCAAAGGAACAAUAUAGGCUGAGUUCUUAUACUUGUCAAAUAAACUUUUUUAUAUGCC